AUGAUGAGCGAUGGUUUGGAUGAUUUGCUGUCGCAGGGGGUGGAUCAAUACGAAAAAGAAGAGUUAAUUUUAGACGAUGGACUCGAUGAAAUUCUCUCCCAGAGUUUUGGUAUGUUUGAGCAAAAGAGUCUUGAAGACGACGUUAUCGAUAUUACCGACAUGUUUGAGGUUGGCGGGCCUAGUUUGCUGAUGGGAAGGUGCUUUCAAACUGCUAAAGGUAACUGUUCGGAACAUCUUUUUGUAUGCCUUUCUUUUGCUUUUCGGUCAAUUCUUAUCUCGAUUUAUUUGUAUUGGUAGUGAACUGCGGCCAGGAUGAAGAAGGUCGACUUGAAAUAAACGCGGAGAAAGAUUUGGUUGAACUUUUCGUCCAGUCUGUACCCAAAAGCACCAAAGAAAAAGCCCUUUGGGCUUUUCGUCUGUAUGAAAGGUGGGCGCUGUGGGGAGAAGGUUUGUACAAUCCCGGAAAGGAAACAUCUAUUGUCGGAGGUAUACUGUUGGUGUAUUCAGACCUACAUACAAUUCCAGAGGAAGAUUUAAAUGAGGUCCUCAGUCAAUUCAUUGAAGAAGUUCGAAAACAAGAUGGAACUCGUUACCCGGGAAAAACGUUGCACGAAUUAAUUAGUAGCUCACAAAAGUAUUUGGAAUUGAAGGGAAGGAAAGUUAAUUUUUUCUCCAAUGAAUUUUUUGAAAAGUUAAGAAAAUCACUGGAAGUUUAAAUGAAACUUCUUCUCGGAAUAACUUGGGUUUAAACCGAAACAAGUGGAUAUAAUUUCUGUUUCAAUUGAAAACGACCAGUGGAAAAGCAAUAUUUUGGGAAGCGAUAACCCUGAAAGUUUAUUAAGAACAACACUUUUCAUUUGA